CACGGACACAACCAGCACAUCUAUUUUUUCCAGAUGCCAUAUGCAUAGGACAAACAGUAGACUCAUACGGGGCUUUGAACCUGAGAGCCUACGAGCUGACCUGGUUUUAAUUAUAGCUGCCGACCUGGUUUCAGCACCACAGGGACUGAACAGCUCCGCGCAGUGCAUUUGAAACCUGCUUUAGCGCCACUGAAGCUCAGUCACUGCGAUUUUGACAACUAAUCAAGAAAGUCACUGAUAAAGAACAAGGUUAAAGGAGCUGUCCAGCAGGUCAGCAGCUGCUCGUGGUAUACCCAGUUGGAUUGUAAAGUAUCGGAGAAUCGCACAGCUGCCCUCACAUACCACCGGCAUUUACUGCGGUUUAUUUAAGGAUGUCGUCUAAAAGCAUGGGGUUGUUUUUCUUUGUUCAGGUUUUCGCUGUAAUCCUGUACCAAAUCAACACAUUCCCCACGCCGGAGGGAGCAAAUGAUAAAGCUGUGUACAACAGAGCACUAACCCAGGAGAGACCUUUACAAGAGCAGAUUGCUGAAGCAGACAGUGUCAGUAAAUCAGCGCCCAAAGAUAACCAAAAUGAUUCGGACAGCGAUGAUUUCAGUCUCCUCAGAUCGUUGGCUGAAGAAGUCAAUAAGUACGAGACCAGCGAGCCACAAACCACUACCCCCACUGACGGUCCGUAUUUCCUUGAUGACGCUGACUCCACAAAGAGCCGGAGACUGGCCGAAGACUACGACUCCACCAAAACUGGAAUCAAAUACAAAUAUCAAGAUGACCCUGAUGGUCUUCACCAGCUGGAUGGGACACCACUGACGGCAGAAGACAUUGUCCAGAAGAUAGCUACAAAAAUAUAUGAGGAGAAUGACAGGGGAGUGUUUGACAGAAUCGUGUCCAAGCUGCUAAAUCUAGGACUGAUCACAGAAAGUCAGGCUUAUACAUUGGAGGAUGAGGUUGCAGAGACUCUACAGAAACUAAUAGCCAAUCAAGCCAAAAACAAUGAAAUACAGGAUGUCAACAUCGACUACCCAAUUGCUAGGCCUGAGGAUGAUUCAGAACUGAAGAUGGUGGAGCAAAUGCUAACUGAGAAAUCCAACGAUAAGAACGUGGAUGAGCGUAUGAUUGAUGAUGACAAGGAGGAGGUUGACGACACUGUGGGAAACACCUGGGUUCCUCCCACAGAGAUGGAGCGGAGGAACGAACUGUCCUCUGAGGACAGCCUGGAUGGCCUGGAAGACCUGCAGUACUUUCCCAACUUCUACAACCUCCUGAAAAACCUCAAUUCAGAACAAGAUGCAAAGGAAAAAGAAACGUUGAUCACCAUCAUGAAAACACUGAUCGACUUUGUAAAGAUGAUGGUCAAAUAUGGCACAAUUACACCAGAGGAAGGAGUGUCUUAUUUGGAAAAUCUUGAUGCAAUGAUUGCCCUUCAAACAAAGAAUAAACUUGGAAAGUUGCUGGUUUAUUCUGACAUCAAACAAUCAACAGGUAAGACCAGUGAUGAGAUUGACAACACCAAGGAGGAAGCUGCCAAGAUGGAAAAGGAAUACAAGACUCUAAAGGAUUCCACAAAGAAUGAAGAGCAGCAAGAACCUGAGAUGGGCCCGAAUGGGAAGACCGAAACCUAUUUGGAAGCAAUCAGAAAGAAUAUUGAGUGGCUGAAGAAGCAUAACAAACAAGGGAACAAGGAAGAUUAUGAUCUUUCAAAGCUGAGAGACUUCAUGGACCAGCAGGUGGAUUCUUACAUUGACCAGGGGAUCCUACAGAAAGAUGAAGGAGAAGUUAUCAAGAGGAUUUACAGCAGCAUGUAGAAUCCAGAAGGGAGAGCAAAGACAUCUCCCGUCUUUAAAAAAAAAAAAAAUACAAAA